AUGAUCGUCAAAGGGCUUCUUAUAAGUGCAGUUGCAUCAUUGUAUCAAGAAUUUGUAAAAAGUUGGUGCGAUUCUUCCGAGAAGGCGGCGAACGAGAAAGGGAUUCUCGGAAAAGGACAACGGGCGCCGCGUCCUUUUUCUUUCGAAUCACUUGUUUUAACGACCGAGGGACCGAGCGAGUUCCGCGUUCUCAAAUUCACUGACAAUGAUUAA